AUGCCGCCCAAAAAACCCGCCUUCCCUUACCGACGGAGCUCCAAUGCCUCGGAAGAUGACUUCUUCGACAUCCCCGACGAACCAUGUCUCUCCAUAGUUAAGCGCCAGCUACGACAUGUCCGAACAUGGGUCACAGUCGCCGUUAUCAUCUUGUUUAUCCUGUGGCAACGCCGUGAACGUCCCCCGCCGCCGCCCCUACCACAUAUCCACUACGACGAGGUCGAUUGGUCGCGCUUUGCCUAUACCCAGUAUGCAACCAAUGAGGUCUACAUGUGCAAUUGCCUGAUGGUCUUCGAGGCUCUGCACAGACUCGGCAGCAAGGCGGACCGCGUGCUGUUUUACCCGGAGGAGUGGGACCUCGUUGUCGAGGAUGACUUUGAUCGCGUCAGCCAGUUGCUACUUGAGGCUAAACACAAGUACAAUGUGCUGCUGAUCCCGAUUAAGAUUGAGGGAAUUCAGGAUCCAUCGGUCGCCAGUUCCAGGGCUUCGUGGGAUACUAGCACCGCCAAACUCAUGGCAUUUGGCGAACACGAAUAUGACCGCGUUAUCCACCUCGACUCGGACGUUAUCCUCCUCCAGACAAUGGACGAGCUGUUCUUCCUCCCUCCUACCACUGUCGCCAUGCCACGUGCCUACUGGCUUCUCCCGGACAAACUGCUCUCGUCGCUGAUCGUGGUCAUUGAGCCCUCCCUCCGCGAAUACCUUGCCUUGACCGACUCUACUAAACUCGCUCAGAACGGUCAAGUCGAUAUGAACCUGACAGACCACCGGUAUGAUAUGGAGCUGUUGAAUAGGCGGUACGGGGACUCGGCAAUGGUCCUCCCGCACCGGCAGUAUGGUCUGUUGAGCGGCGAGUUCCGGACGAAGGAUCAUCGCAAAUUCCUGGGGAAUGAUGAUGAGGUCUGGGAUCCUGAUCAUGUUCUGGCGCAGGCUAAGUUCGUGCAUUUUUCGGAUUGGCCGCUGCCGAAGCCAUGGGUUAUGUGGCCGCAGGAAAUGUUGGCGGCGGAGCAGCCGAAGUGUGAUAAUAACCCUGGCACGCCGCAGGAGAGUGGGUGUCGGGAUCGGGAGAUUUGGAAGAUGAUAUAUGAUAAAUAUCGGAGACAACGAAAGGAUAUCUGCAAGCUGCUCAGUUAUCCGGCGCCGGUUUGAGUGGAAACACUUCAUUGAUUAAUUGUAUAGACAUGUAGCAUAGGUAGAUUAUGGCGUUUGGGAUAUUAGCUCUGUAAAGGGAAGGCAUGAAUCAACGAC